GAUUAUAUUGAGGCGGUGAUAGAUGGAGAUUUGCAAGGACAGCUGAUGGUAACCUGAGCAGCUUCAUCAGAGCUGUGCAAACAUUGACUCUUUGUUUGAAAGCAAACACAAGGACUGGUUUCCUCAUUCACUUCUUGCAGGGAAAGUAGUCAGAAACUGGACUGGGAAAUACAGCCUGCCUUGGAUGGCUGCAACUGCUUUGUUCUCCUGCUUUUUCAUCGUAGGACCCGUACAGGUCUGUUGCCUUAAUGCCUUAUCUAGCAAGGAUGGGGAAGAGAAAUGAAUAGGAAUGGGCAAUAAAACUCGUCAGUUGAGAUAGAGGUUAGCAGGUAAAGCCAAAGCUGCAUGUGCAAGCAAAGCACAAUAUGGAAUUAGUUCAUUCCUUCUCACCAGCAGGCAGAUUUUCAGUUAUUUCCAGGACUCCAUCCUGCACAAUGUUUAAUAGAGAAGACAAACACUGUAAUUUUAAAUGUUCCUCCCUUCCUCCUUUUCUUCAUCCGUCAUUGCUGAGCUCAUCAUAUAGUAUAGAAUAUCUCCUUGAACCAUUUGGGUUCAUCUGUCCCACCCAGUUCCUGCAGUAUCAGAGGCUGGAGAGUCCUUGGCUCUGUGCAAGCAGUGCUCUGCAACGACGACAUCUGUGUGCUUUCAUUCCAUUGUUUUCAUCAUAAAUCCAAACACUAGCAUGACAGCAGCUGCUGGGAAGGAAAUUAACUCUGUCCCCACCAGAAGCAGUGCAGGGUGCAUCUCACAGCUUGGGCAACACCUCCUGCUUCACUUUGUCUGCCUGCCCUCAGUGUGAUUGGAUGCUCAGUGCAGAGCAAGGCAGAUCCAGGAAAUUCCAGCCAUAGCAGGCUGAGAUGGCCUGGGAUUUCCCAACCACCAGCACAUCCUAUGGGACAUGAUGUGGGAUUUUGAGAAUUCCCCUCUGGACCAAGCUCCUUGGGGUAUCUAAGGUUAAUAGAGAGCUGGAUUGUCUCAUCAACUUCUUUCACUGCUCCAGUAAGAAAUCAGCAAACCUCCUUGCUUCUACUCGUCUCAUCUGUUGUGAUUUUGGAAGACUGAUGUGACAACUGGCUUCAGUGAGGCUUGGCUCCAAGCUGCUCUCUUCCCAAAUGACCAGAGACCUGCACUCCAGAUGAACAAGAUCCCCAGGUCCUAUUACAUUUCUCUCUCUGGCUUUCCAGUGUCUCCAAGCUCUCCUUCCACUCCAUCUUCCAGCAUCCUGUCCUCAUAGAGAAGUGCAGUGACCUCAAGCAGAUCCUCCUUAGCACACCCCAAUCCUGGAGCGCAGGAAUUGAGAUCACCAAGAAGACAGGUGAGACCAUCCACAAUCCCAGGUCUAUAUGGUAGCCACCAGGCCUUAUCUUGAGGAGGUCCCUGAACUAUGGGCAUGAAUUUGAGAGCAGAAAAAAAAGGUGUGCAUGGAGUGCUGGCAGAUGAAGAAGGUCCAUAAAAGCUGCAGUGAGCACAAGGGAAGCAGAAUGGAGGUAGGGGAAUCCAUAUCCUGGGCUGGUGCCAAUGGGAAGCAACGCAGCCUUGUUGUGAACUUCUUGGGGGAAAAAAAAAAAAAAAAAAAAAAAAAACAGGGCUGGACAAAUGCCAUGGUUCUUCAAGGCUUAUUUACACAAGAAAAAGGAGACUCCAUGAGCUCCCACCACAAUUUUUGCUGUAGUGUCUGGGAUCACAGAAUUACAGAAGGUUUAAGACUGAAAGGAACUUUUUGUCUAGGGCAAAGUGGAAUGGAUUUUAAAUAAAAGAAGGGAAAUUUUGGUUAGAUAUUAGGAGGAAAUUCUUUAUUGAUGAGGCACAAGAUCAGGCUACCCAGAGAAGCUGUGGAUGCAGCCUCACCUCAAGCACUGUUUGUGCCGUUUUGGUUUCCACCAUUUAAGGAUAUAAAACUGUUAGAGUGCCCAAAGGUGGGCUAUGAAGUUGGGGAAAGGUUGGGAGAAGUACAAGGAGCCAUUGAGGUCUCUUGGUUUGCUGGGCCCAAAGAAGGGGGGACUAACAGAGACCUCAUGGCAGCCUACAACUUCCAGCACGGUCCUUGGAGGCUUUCUAACCACCUCCAGAUCCUGCAUUCAGCCUGCUGACUCGGCACCACGUAGGGAUGGGAAGAAAUCCCUUUUGUGGUGCCUGACUCCUCCUCUGGGGGCUGUGCAGGUCCCACGCGGUCUGAGUGCAUCCCAAAUCACAAAACCACACACUCAGCCAUGCCAAGCAAAGUUGGAUCAGGAAUGAUAUAAGAACAACGUGGCCAAAGAAGGGGGGAAAAAAGGACUGGAAGCCACGACACAGCAGCUGCUGAAGUUUACCGCUUUGCUCCCGCCCCGUCAGCGCGCUAUUUACGCAUGCGCCGCCCCGCGUACCGCACAAGUCGUGCGCAUGCGCCCUACCCAUAUCGGCUCACGCUACGUUACGCUCUCCGCUACCGGAAGUGGCGUCACGCUCGGCGCAGCGCGGCCGGAAGUUGGCACGGGGGAGAAGGCGCCGUGCAGCGGCGCCGGGCGGAUGUGAGGGGGGGGGCGGCGGUGGGGCCCGGCUGGGAUUCCUGUCUGGGUUGGUAUCCAGCAUCUGGAGCCAUGGAAGAGCAGCCAGUUUCUCCAGCUUCUGAUUCUCCCUUUUCUCUGCAGCGGGUCUGCAUUUCUGAAGAUGAACCUGAAGAUGAAGAGCAGGAGGAGACUCCAGAGGAGGAUACAACCCAAGUACAGAUGGAAAAAGACUCCCUGAAGCAAGACAGAAUUGGUUCUCCUCGAUGUUCAGCACAGUGCUGGCAAGGGCGAGGUUCUCUCAUCCCACAGGGCAUGGAAAGCCCAGGCCAAAGGGUGGGAGAAGAACCUGAAAAGCUUCAGCCAUGCAGGAAGCACCGGCUGAACCUGAAGCCCAAAACAAGCUUGGUCCCAACAUCUCCAGGAGAAGGAGAAAGAGCUGAAGAGCCAGGGCCCUCAAGGGGAAAGAGGCUGCGCUUGAUCUGGGGUCAGUCCAGUGACUUCCGACGGAAGAAAAACCUUGGGGAGAACGGGUUGAAGGAAGUUCCCAUGUUGCCACAGAGCAGUGAAGAGGAGGAAGAGGAGGGAAAAGCUUCUCGGUCUUGUUCCCCCGAGCCACCUCUUCACGGGGAUGCUCGUCCCAAGCCAGAUUUUGUGCAACUGAUUGAUGAGCAUGGCAUUUACUCCACAGCCAAGCUGGUGUUGGGCAGCGCAGCAGGUGAGCUGGAGGAGGCAGCAGUGGUGCUGCCCCCACACCUGAAGCGUGGAGCAAGCGGGGCUGCUGAGUUUGAGAUCCGUGAGGUGAUUGUGGACGAGAAGCCCUUUCAGUGUGGUGUGUGCGAGAAAGCCUUCAAACGUGCUUGGGAGCUCUUCAGCCAUGAGGUUGUGCACAAUGAGGAGCGGCCUUUCCGCUGUGAUCUCUGCGAGGCUUCUUUCAAGCGACACUCAGACUUCAAGAGCCACCGCUUGGUGCACACAGAGGAGCGUCCCUUCCGAUGCGAGCUCUGUGGGAAGCGUUUCAAACGUUCUUCUAACCUCCAGGAGCACCGGCGCAUCCAUACAGGUGAACGUCCAUUCCACUGCGCCUGCUGUGACAAGAGCUUCAAGACACCCUACGAGCUGCAGCGUCACACCCUGACCCACUGCACCGAGAAACCCUUCAAGUGCGCAGAUUGUGGAAAGGAUUUCCCCACUUCCAAUGCUCUCCUUCUGCACCAGAGGCAGCACUGCGACGACAAGCCCCACGUCUGCGGUGUCUGUGGUAAGAAGUUCACCUAUGGCCACAGCCUCAAGGUUCACGAGCGUGUGCACACGGGUGACCGCCCCUUUAUCUGCCCGCUCUGUGGAAAAGGUUUCAAGCAGUCCAAUGCGCUUUCCUCUCAUGAACGUGUGCACACAGGUGAGCGGCCCUUUGUCUGCAAAACCUGUGGGAAGGCCUUCAAGCAGUCGUCCUACCUCGUGAUCCAUGAACGGGCGCACACUGGGGAGCGACCCUACAAAUGCGAAGCAUGUGGGAAAGCCUUUGCCCGCCCCUCCUUGCUGCUGCAGCACCACCGUGUGCACAGCCAGGAGCGGCCCUACAAAUGCAGUUUCUGCCACAAGUUCUUCAAGGACUUGGCCUACCUGGCAGUGCAUGAGAAGGUGCACACAGGUGAGACCCCCUACAAGUGCAGUGUCUGUGACAAGGGCUUUGCUCACCCCUCCAACCUGCUGCAGCACCAGCGCGUGCACCGUGAUGGCUGAACGAGAGCAGUGUGCACAGCAUGAGUGUUUUGAGGCCAAGAAGCCUGAAGCAAGAAGUGAGCAUGCUACAAGCAUGCAUGCAGCCCCAGGCUGGUCCACUUACACAAGUAAGCCAUGUGCAGGGGACCUGGAGAGGAGGCCAAAAUGUGGGUGCUGCUGCAGGUCUUCUCCUGACCCCCAUCCCACUGGGGCCUCUGCUGCAUGGCUUCUCUCUGCCAAACCCUGACAUACGCUGCUCUCUCCUGCUUCCAAUGAAAUGAUCUCACAGGGAUGGUCGCUGAGCCCUCAGGUUGGGGCUGUUGCAGACUCCUGUCCUCCGACCUGCAGGGAGGUAAUGUGCUGUCCUCAAGCACUGCUGGCUGCAGACUUGCUGGUGGUACAAGCUGAAGCUUGUGGUACUGUGAGUCUUGUGCUAUAGUGGCUUGCAGAGGCAAGCUGCUUUGACCAAGGCUGCGGUGCAGCUGAGAGAUGACAUCCAGAGCUCUGACAGCACUGUAGGAAGUCCUGUAUUUAGCUGAUACUAUGCUAAUGCUUCUCCUCCCCUCAGUGUUUCAAGAAGAGCUGCCCAGUCAUCCCGGUAAGUUCCCAUAACUCAGCCUUGCCCUGCAACAGGCUCUAUCAGCAUGUCUGCAUUAAGCUUGGAGCCACAUUGCUGUUUUCCUUGAGUGCAAGACAUGGGCUGGGAGCUCCUGGAUAUCCUCUUGUAGUAGGGUACACUGAGUCCUGCAGCAGGAGGAGACAUAGCUGUCAAUUUUUGAGGAGAAUAAGUGCAUUGGUGUAAAGUAUGAUUGGGAACAGCAAUGCCUGAGCACCUCACAUUUCUUUUAGAGCAUAAAUGUCCCGUCCAUAUUUCACUCUGCUACUGAUUAUCAGAUUGAUGACAACAAUGCCCUUUCCCCUGCUGUGCAGGGUCCACACUGGCAUUUUGCUGGUACAGAAGGCUGCUUCCAGUGGGCAUAAAGCAGAGUCAGCAUUCCACUGGCUGCAAGUUGUGUGUUCUUAAGAUUUGGCCUCGAGGCACAAGGGAAGAGUUGGGUGACCAUGGGGAGCCAAAGCAGGGAAGAGGGGGUGCUGGUCCUCAUUAUGCUGCUGGUGGAGAUCUCUUGGAGGUGAUGGAAGAGAGGUGCUGAGCCACACAAGAGCCACCUCACCUCUCCCACUCUGGAGGAAAAAGCCUGGCAUCUCAAGUUGGACACACCCUCUUUUCUGUGCCAUGGUGCUUGUGAGGCUGGUAGGAAGCAAAAAAGGGGGUAUACACAAAUUGUUUGCCAGAUCUGUAUGAGGAAGGGGAGAGCAGAAAACCAGUCUUGGGCCCUCUUUGUUUCCAUACAGUGUAUCCCUAGUGGCAGCACCAGAUCUAGAGCCACCUGAGCUGCUGCUGAAAUCUGAAUUUAUUCUCUUUGACUGAUAGCUGCUGCUGGGCAGAGGGUGGCAUGUAGACCUUUUCUUGCAAAAGCAAGACCCAAGUCCCUUGGGGCACCAGCAGAGUCCCAUCCUCACAUCUGAGCCGCUUUAGAGGGACCUGGUGUCACAGUCACCUUCUUGCACACUGGGUCUGUGGGACUGGAGGUACCAACCCUCAGACUUCUCAUGAUCCCAGUCCUACCCUGUCCCCGUUUUGUAUGGUUUGAAAGCAGGUGUACACUCCUCAGCACUCUGCACACUAAUUAAAGGAUGGUUAUUUAAUGA